CCCUUCCAAACCCAUCUUAUUCUUCGAAACCCUAUCCCCUUUCCCCUUGCUCACUCUCUCCCCCCUCACUCUGUCCCUCUAAACCUUCGCCGCCGCUCAUCACGGCGGGAUUCAUCUCUCCAGAAACCCCCAACCCUCAUCAAACCCUUACGUCGAUUAAAACCCCCUACUAUUGUUGAUUAUUGGGAGGGAUAGAGCGACCACAGAGGCGGCCGAUUUUGAGCCAGAGGAGGACGAGGAUGAACUCGUCAAAGUCUCCACAUGCGCGCCGCAAAGCUAUCGGCGAGAUUGGUCGUCGCCACCAUAGUCAUGUAUGGGUGGGAUUCCACUACAUCAACUGACAAUAGUUGAUAACUACGGAGGCUGCUGCAGUUGAAUAUGGUGAUUAAACCUUUACGAAGCCAUGAGAUUUUCACCAGCUGUUACGAGGUGGUAUCGGUAAUUGUUGCUCUCUGCACU